CGUCCAGCCAAUCAGAGCCGACGCCGCAGGGGACCGCUGUCAGCAAAAUCCCCGCGUCCAGAGCUCCACAGGAAUCCAACACUUCCCAGGCCGGGCAGGGGAAUGUCUGUGUCCGACGGGAGUUAGAGGCGAGCAGAGCGAGCGGGCAGCCGCGCCGGCGCGCCGAGACACGGAUCGCCGGGCACCUCGGAGAGGGAAGAUGUCGAACGAUCUGGAUUUCAGGUCUGUGCGGCUGCUGAAGAAUGACCCUGCGGGCUUCCAGAAGUUUGCUUACACUAAUGAGGACGAGGCCUGGAAGACCUACCUGGAGAACCCUCUGACAGCUGCCACCAAGGCCAUGAUGAGGGUCAAUGGGGAUGACGACAGUGUUGCGGCCCUGAGCUUUCUCUAUGACUACUAUAUGGGCCCCAAGGAAAAGCGGAUACUGUCCUCCAGCACUGGUGGCCGGAAUGACCAAGGAAAGAAGUACUACCACAGUAUGGACUGUGAGCCGGAGCUUGCCCCCCUUGAGAGCCCCACGCACCUCAUGAAAUUUUUGACGGAGAACGUGUCUGGAAGCCCAGACUACACAGACCAGCUCAAGAAGAACAACCUGCUAGGCCUGGAGGGAACUCUACCCACCCCCGGCAAGACCGCUACCCUCCCACCGGGUCCGAGCAAGCUGGAAGCCGGCUCCAUGGACAGCUACCUCCUGCCCACGGGCGACAUGUAUGACAGUGGCUCCCUCAACUCCUUAUUUGAGAGCAUUCACGGGGUUCCACCCACACAGCGCUGGCAGCCGGACAGCACCUUCAAAGAGGACCCCCAGGAGUCGCUGCUCUUCCCUGAUAUCCUGAAAACAUCGCCGGAACCCCCGUGUCCAGAGGAUUACACGAGCCUCAAGAGUGAUUUCGAGUACACGCUGGGCUCCCCCAAAGCCAUUCACAUCAAAGCGGGAGAGUCACCCAUGGCCUACCUCAACAAGGGUCAGUUCUACCCGGUCACCCUGCGCACCCCAGCGGGAGGCAAAGGCCUGGCUCUGUCCUCCAGCAAAGUCAAGAGCAUGGUGAUGGUCGUGUUUGAUAACGACAAGGUCCCCGUGGAGCAGCUGCGCUUCUGGAGACACUGGCAUUCCCGGCAGCCCACCGCCAAGCAGCGAGUCAUUGACGUGGCCGACUGUAAGGAAAACUUCAACACGGUCCAGCACAUCGAGGAGGUGGCUUACAAUGCGCUCUCCUUUGUGUGGAAUGUCAACGAGGAGGCCAAGGUGUUCAUCGGUGUCAACUGUCUGAGCACCGACUUCUCCUCGCAGAAGGGGGUGAAGGGUGUCCCCCUGAACUUGCAGAUAGACACCUAUGACUGUGGAGCGGGCACCGAGCGCCUGGUCCACCGUGCCGUCUGCCAGAUCAAGAUCUUCUGUGACAAGGGAGCCGAGAGGAAGAUGCGUGAUGAUGAGAGGAAGCAGUUUCGAAGGAAGGUCAAGUGCCCAGACUCCGGCAACAAUGCAGGCAUCAAGGGCUGCCUGCUGUCAGGCUUCCGGGGCAACGAGACCACAUACCUGAGGCCCGAAGCUGACCUGGAGACCCAGCCUGUGCUGUUCGUCCCCAACCUGCACUUCUCCGGCCUGCAGCGCCCAGGAGGGGUUGUCCCCUCAGCAGGACACAGCAGCUCUGACAGGCUGCCCCUGAAGCGUACCUGCUCACCCUUCGCUGAGGAGUUUGAGCCUCUUCCCUCCAAACAGGCCAAGGAAGAUGACCUUCAGAGAGUUCUGUUGUAUGUGAGGAGAGAGACAGAGGAAGUGUUUGAUGCGCUCAUGUUGAAGACCCCGGACCUGAAGGGGCUGAGGAAUGCGAUCUCUGAGAAGUAUGGGCUCCCCGAGGAGAAUAUUUGCAAAGUCUACAAGAAAUGCAAGCGAGGGAUCCUGGUCAACAUGGACAACAACAUCAUCCAGCAUUACAGUAACCACGUGGCCUUCCUCCUGGACAUGGGAGAGACGGACGGCAAGAUCCAGGUCAUCCUGAAGGAGCUGUGAGGCCGCACGCCUCCCAGCCCCAGGGCCAGGCUCACACCACGUACGGCCGCUCCUCACACGCCUCCCAGCCCCGGGGCCCAGGCUCACACCACGUACGGCCGCUCCUCACAGGUCAGCAUUGUUACUUGAAACGCCUUUCUCAGGGGAAGAGGUCUCGCAAGCCACAAACUUGGUGAUGUCAGGGCCAGGGAGGAAGCAAGGAGAUCCCAGGAUCUAAACACCCUGUCCAGGCUUGAACUCACCUCGGAGCUUCCUGCAAGUACCCACCCACCGGAGACCAGGAGUCUGGAUCAACACAGACCCAACUAUUGGCUUUCUCUUCCAACUCCCGCCUCAGAGACCCUACGGGGACCCACCACCCUCUCCGCAGGGCUAUCCCCGCUGCCUUGACGGGUUCUGACCCUCAUUCUGUAUCCUUCCUCCAACUUCAGACUGAAGAGAUCUCGCUCUUUGGCCAAUUAACUUGAAAACUCUUGACUGUCAGAACAAAUGCCUUUGUGAGGAAACGCUUCCUCACUGACUCCCUCGGGUACAGGACCUUAAGGCAUCACCACUACCCUUGCCACUACUGUUGUACACAUUUCUUAUUUACAGUUUUCAUUAUGUGAUAUAUAUAUAUAUAUAAGUAUAUAUUGUGUGUAUAUAUAUAUGUGCAACAUUUUGUAUGUUCAUGUUACGUUUUUAUCAUUUCAAAAAUACGUAUUUCAUAUUUCUUGGACUAUUUUUUUAGCUGCUAUUUGAUU